AUUUUACUUCAGUUUCCACGCGGAUAUUCUAGUAUUGAUGGCAUGAAGACAAAGGAAGUGAACGGUACAGUUAACUGGAAGAGACUUAGAAAUAUGUUUAUUCUGAUGAUAGUGAUGGUGGAAGAUGACUUGAAUAUCUGGCUGGUAGGCAAUGUAUAUUCUUAUUUAGAACCAAACACAACAAGUCGACAACAAACCGGUUACCUUACCUCACAAUUUGUUAAAAGACGUAAGCAAGCGUACUAUCUGUAAUGCACAAAAACUAUAUAAACAUUCCUUGUUCAACAACGUCUGGCCAAAGGACUUUUUACUAUCGCACUGUUAGUUUAUGGAAUAACCUUCCAACGGAACUUAAAUUAGUUAGAAUUAGUUAGGUUAAUAAAUAAAUUUUUAUUGUCAACAUAACUUCGUUUCCAAGCUUAUUAACUUAAUGGUUUAUUAAUAUAUGUAAUGCGUAACGUUUAAUUAUCACUGAAAAGCCAUUUUUGGGAAUGGUGAAUAGAGCGUUGUAUACUUUGUUUAAUUAACAAGUAAACAACUGCAUGUACACCAAAACAAUAUCAGUAUGCCACGAAAACACUUUCUACGCAAUCUCUAGACCCAGAUUCAUGCAACCUAUUUGCAAAGGAAGAAAUAAAAUAUUUCUUACAUUAUAGCUCUUAUGAACGAUGUAGAACAUUUUCUUAUAGCUGAACUGAAGUGUAUAUAAUAUUUGUUUAGACACCAAGAAAAGUUAGUGAAGAACACUCAUCCAAGGAAGCAGAUAAAAAGAUUGACAAACAUUUUCAUGUAUGCCAAGUUAAUGGUACUCCAAUAUUUACUCAACUAUCAACAGUGAAAGUAAGUAUGAAGACAAAAAUACAACCUUUACGUGACCAUCCAUUUUGCCUUAAUUUCAUCGCUAUCAUAACCAAAUAACCAAUUGACAUAACAAUGUAAUGAGCCUGCAUGAAUAAACGUUAUAUAAUACUGUCUAAAUCCUGUUAUAAUUUCUAAAUAAAUACUUAUUUACGUGGUUUUAGUUAAGAGGUAAUAUUUGCAAUUGUCGUAAGUCUUUCACAAAAUGAAUGAAAAGAACAAUUCAAACAAGUGGAUAUAUGAAUACCUACGAAAAGAGUAUCGUCUUUUACGGUAUAAAGUUUUCGGGAAGUUAUCCUGAAUCGUGAUAGAAACUUGUACAUGCAUCUACAUGCAGUAGAGUAUACUUUCGUUGUAGAUAACAAUAAAGGGUAAGGAAGAUGUAAAUGAUACUGUGGAUCCAAAUGCUUUCGUUGAAACAACACCUGGAGAUAAAUUGCUAAUUGAGGAAAUACAAGGUAAAAAAAUCCAAUUGCUUUACUUUUGCUCUGUGCCUCGCAAAGAUUCUAGCGGGCACAAUAACGAGUUGAGUUGGCAAAGCCUCAUCAUGAUCCAUAUUAUCCAUUGACGACGAUCAUCAUAAUAUCUUGUUUCAGCCGCGCAUCCAGGUAUCGUGUCUGACGUGGUCAUUACUGGUUAUCUCGAAAAGACAUGGAGAGGAAGUGACCUGAAAGAUGAUGACUCUGUCAUGUGGAGGUAGGAGAAAUACUUAUAGUCAGUUUGGUAAAUGGGAAACAUUGAAAAACUGGUCUACCAGUACGCGUUAUUAACUCGUUAUGUACUAUUUAAAACACGAGCAGGAGUGCUUUAUCAGAUAUAAAACACGUGAACGCACUCGAGUGUUUUAAAUCUGAUAAAGCACGGACUGUGCGUGUUUUGAAAAACUAUUUCUAGGUCUAUUAACCGUGAUCUGACGAGUUCAUUGGCGAAGUAAUUUUUAAAAUAAACGUUGUACUUGUCUAAGCCGAGAAAAUCGAAACUAAAGUUUAUAUACACGAUUUUUUAUCACAUAUAAAACCACCGAUAUACGGUAGUGAUUUCCAUUGUCUUUUCCUCGUGAAUUAUUAAUUAGUUUUAAAAAUAUACUUUAAUAAUUAUGGGGAGUUUAUAUUGACUACGAGCCGAUCACGCAAUGUAAUUUUUUCUAGGAAUGUUAUAUGUUGGAACGAUAUCGGCAACGAACGCAUAUGGCUCGAACGCAUAUGGCAAGAAUUGUGCUUGCCAUUUAGUCAAAUGUAAAACUGAUAUUUUAUGUACUAUUUACAACAUGAGCGGUUGUGUUGUAUCAGAUAUACAAACUCGAGCCGAAGACAAGAGUUCGUAUAUCCGAUACAACACGAACGCGGAUGUUGUAAAUGGCUUGUGAAAUGUCUUGAUGAGAACAUUAGUAUUCUUCAAUAAUUUAAUAAAAAUGAUGGAUAUUUCGUGAGAAAAGUGAACUUAAAGUUUAUGUAAAUCAGCAUGAUUUGGUAUCAGAUAUACAAACUCAUUCAUGCCCAAGAUUUCUUUUGUCUUUUCUUCAUGAAUUAUUAAUCAGUUCCACAAGCGAAGAUCGAUACUAUAAUGAUUAAGCAUUCAAAACGUAUUCCCCGUGAAAGGCUUUUGUCUUUUUUUUGCAUCAGAUAUGUUGCUACAGAGUCUGGAGUUUACCGGAGAUAUCCUGGAAUUACAAUGACUAAAAAUAUUAAUCACAAAAACAGUCCAUGGUGAGUUAAUAUCUCAUUUUCUUUAAUCAGUCUUGUUUGUUUUUUGAGAUUCUGCAUGUAGUGUAUUGUGGUGGUGCGUGGGGUGGGGUGGGGUGGGGUGUGGCGUGCAUGGUGUGACGUGUGUGGCGUGUGUGGUGUGUGUGGCGUGUGUGGUGUGUGUGGCUUGUUUGCGUGGGGUGGGGUGGGGUGUUGUGUGGUGUGUAUGGCACUAAUCGUUAUAUACUAGGAUUUAAGCAAGACACAUGCAUCACUGUAAAUUUCAAUUUGUAAUAAAGAAUUAAUAGUGUAUUGCAGAGGCGUGAAACGAUGUGGGAUGGGAUCUAAUACGAAUUAUGGGAAAACGAUGGAAACCAGGGUAGAAACAGAGUAUUAAUAGAUGAAUGAAAGAUACGAACGAACAGAUAAAACAGGACUUUAAGAAGAAGAAGUGAGGGGUCUUCUUGGGAUAUAUAUAGAAUUACCAAGUUCGUGCAACAUUAACAAAUAAUUUUUUUUUUUUUUUUCAAUCAUUCAGGUAUCGUCAAGCUCUAAUGAAUCCUGGCAAAUCAAUCUUGUCGCAUUCUUUUGUGGAUCCUUUUGGUCGAGGAAAAGUUAUAUCAAUCAGUAAAGCUGUUUUAAAGAACAGGUUUUGAUUGCCAAUCUUUUUUUAAAAUGAAUAUUAAAUAUAGAUUAAAAACUUAAACCAACCUAAACGGAUAUAAAAUGUGAAGUAAGAAAAUAUGUCAUUGUAUGCAUGCUACAGCUGAGUUUUUUGUUUGUCUCCAGUAUAUUUGAUAUAUCUUACAUGUAGACAAGGACAUCUUCAUGACAACAUCAGUAACUGGCAAACAUGGAUCAUGGGCGUGGCUGGUAUAGAUAUGACAUUCAGUUCUUUCAACAGGAUGGCAAUGAAUGUGGUAAAUUAAUGGGGUUUUUUAUGAAAAUACAAUCGAAUGUUGUUAUUACAGUAAUAAAGACUUCACUUGUAUUUUGGUCAUCUUUAUGACAGAUGCCAGGUUGUUUGGAUGAAUAUGAUUGUUUCUUGAUGGACCAAAGUGGGUAAGCCCGUAAGAUGUUUGUGUUUGUCCCACGAAGGCAUAAGGAUUGUGCAGUAUUAAUUUGUUCCGUUAUUACAUUUAAUGAUAUGCAUGAUAUUUCAUAUGGAUUGUUGUAGAUAUUUGUUUGUCAACUUAAAUGAGCAUCACCCACUAGUUCAUGUUACUGAGAAAUUUUCUUGGAUUCCAAAACAGCUUGUUGAAACGCAUCGGAUUCUGAAGGUAUUGUUGACCAGUCUGCAAUCGUUUACAGGUUAAAUGUUAGAGGUUGUCUUGUCUCGGGGUGGCUAACGUUGAACAAUAUUCAAGAAGUCAUUGAUUGAAAGAUGCAAUGUAUAAAAUUUAUUAUUCACGAAAAAUAUAAUUAUUGAUGGUUUGCAAUUGAUGUCAUGGCGGCCAUGUUGGAGAAAGCUAACAAAAGAAUAUCAUUAACAGCUAUUGUAUUUGGAGCGUGUUUUCCUCCAACAUGGCCGUCAUGUCAUUGUCUUGUAAAUCUCAAGAGAUUGAUUGCAAACCAUCAAUAGGGAUAGUAUAUCGGAGAGUGCUGAGAAUCAUAAAGAUAGAGCAAAUAUAAUAUAUAAUAUGUGUGACCAUCCAUAAUAUAAUAAUAAUAUGCUUCUUCCAUAUUUCAAUAUAGCCAAGAUGGUGUAACGACUUUGUGGAUUUUAGAAUUCAGUUCUCCUAUGAAGUUGUUGUGACAGAAACAAUAAUUGCUCCAUCACCAAUUGUUUGUCGUCAAUAUAUUCUAGCCCCUUUGGCAAAUGUUAGUUUCUCAUUGCUGGUUAUACCAUCCAGAAGAAUACACCUCAAUUGUCAAGAUAGACUGGAUAACGAUCAUUUUGAGGUAUAUGAUUAAUCGUGAGACAAUUGUCAAUUGAUCACAUUCAUUAAAGCAUGCAUAUACAAUCUACUUCCUUUAUAGGCUUGUCACUUAUCUCAAACCUGUAAAACCUGUUCUCAAGAUGUCACAGGGUGCCAGGUAGUUAAGCUGAAUGAACAUAUUAUGCUGUAUAUUUGUCAAUUCAUCAAUUUAUACGUACAUACAUAAUGAAUCCGAAAACAACAAACGAUCAUAAAACUGAAAUCGGUUUUGAAUACAACCAUCAGGGACGUAGCAAAGCAUCUGACGUUUGGAAGAUGUUGGAGGAUUACACAGUACGUAUAAUAAAGCUUUUUGUGAUUGAUUGGCACUCUCAUACUAAGUUUUGAAGCUCUAGGACUGAAUUUCUGGCGUUUUCUAAAGCAAAUUCGCAAAAAAAUUGCAUGUAAAUUGACUAUAUUUUACAGAAAUGGUUAUCAUAUUACAAAAAUAAUUACUUUAUUACGCAAAUUUUACCUGAAAAUGUCAAAAUUUUAACUUGAAUUUUACAUGAUUUUUGCCUGAAUUUCACAGUAGGGGGGAGUUUCCAAACCAUCUAUUCUAUUAACUAUGGUGGGAGUGAACACUCCAGACCCCUGCUGGACCAAAACUUUGAAACGUUUAGAGCCCCCCCCCCCUUCAGUAUAUCGAGAACUUUCAGAGCCCCCCCGCCUUUAAUGCCAGAAAAUAUUUCGGUGCCUCCCCCUUAACAUCUUCAUCCCCCCCUCGGCAUAAUAAAUGUACUUUCCCUUACUAAAUUUGACGCUGUUCAAACGCUUUUCAAAUCUUUUGGACUUACUAAAAUUUUAAGAGUAAUUCUUGGCACGCAUAUAAACAGGUCUUAAAGGUUUAAUGUAUUUAGUUUGAUUUAAUUUUAGACACCAUGUUCAUGUCCGAUGUCGUUUGACCGAUGCAGUAAUUCAAUAAUGAACACAUUUACAAAGAUAACAUGUCCAGGUGAGAGUGUUUGAUCACAACAUGUAAUAACUUGAUCGUUUUUUCAUGUUUUUAGUCACACAAUCAUUAAUAAAGCGUGUUCGGAUAAACAAACAUUAACAUGUUAAGCUAUUGUCUCAAUAUUUACGGUAAUCAAAACACCAUCAGGACGAACAUUCAAGUGUUUUGUAAAAUUAAUACUUUAUAACAUUUAAAUACACAUUGCUUGAAUUCCGCUAUGUGGAAUUUUUUUAGUGUCGGUAUACCUGUAUAGUGGGCUUAUAUUGGGGGGCUUAUAUUUGGAAUGGUAUGAACGUUAGUAAUGUGAUGGGCUUAUAUCUCAAUCGCACAGGUCUGUUUUAAACUGCUCAAAAUAAAGGAAUUUAAAUCCAACGGCCCUGAUUGUAUUCCUAAUCGAGUGCUUAGUCAAUAUGCUUUUGAGAGUUAGCUGAUCCGGUAGCCAAAAUCUUCAACAAGUCUUUAUUGCACUCUGAAUUCCCUGUACCUUGGAAAGAUGCUAACAUCGUCUCAAUCCCGAAAGCCCAAUCGAUAACGUGUGAGGAUAAGACCCGUCCGAUUGCCCUCACUGCCACUCUGUCAAAAGUUUUGGAAGACUUCGUCAUCACCUGGAUGAUUGAUGAUGUCAAAGACAAAAUCGAUCCGAAGCAGUUUGGUAGCUUAAGGGGAUCUUCUACAACAUUCUCCAUUAUUGACAUGAUUAACAACUGGUUGCAGGCACUGGAUAGCCCAAAACGGUAUCUACAUAUCUGUUUUUUGGUUUCUCCAAAGCUUUUGACAGAAUCAACCAUAACAUUUUGAUUGCGAAACUCAUAGCCCUUGGAGUAAGAAGAUGUUUGAUCCCAUGGAUAUGUGAUUUUCUUUCAAAUCGACGUCAAGCAGUGAAGAUUAAUGAGUCUCGCUCGGAGUGGGCUUAUGUAAAUGGUGGUGUCCCUCAAGGAACAAAACUUGGCCCUAUUUUGUUUUUAGUUAUGAUUAAUGAUCUGAAAAUGAAGUCCCUAAACUCCUCUCAUUGGAAAUACGUUGACGAUGUAACGAUUUCUGAGGUUAUAAAAGAAACUGAGGAAUCGCGAUUACAAACUGAACUCAAUGAACUCCAACAAUGGGCAUGUGAGAAUGAUAUGAAACUAAAUGGGUUAAAAUGCAAGGAAAUGGUUAUCAGCUUUUUACGACAAAGUGAUAACUAUACUCCAUUACACAUUAAUGAUCAACAAUUGAAACUGGUUACAUCUUUCAAGAUUUUGGGUUUGACUAUCUAUUAAUAAUCACCUUAAAUGGAAUGAUAACGUUGCAAUUGUCGUAAAAAAAGCGUCGAAACGCCUUUACAUCCUUCGGGUGUUGCGUCGAUCUGGAAUUCCAUCCGUUGACUUGCUCUCAAUCUAUAACGCCUUAAUCAGAUCUGUUUUGGAAUAUGCUUGUGCAGUCUGGCAUACCAGCCUACCUCAGUAUCUUUCCAACAAAAUUGAACGGGUGCAGAAACGUGCUCUGCGAAUUCUGUACCCCUUCACUGAUUAUGCGGAAGCCCUAUGUAUCAGUCGUUGUUCUCGCCUUGAUGAUAGAAGGCAUUCAAUAAGUCAGAAUACCUUACAAAAGAUUGCUAAGCCUUGCUCGAAACUGUACCACUUGUUUGCCGUCAACUCGCGGAAACGUCCAUGGGCGGAGUUUGAGAAACAAUAAUCAAUUAUCGCUUCCCAAAUGUAGAACUGAGAGGUUUAAGAACAGUUUUAUCCCGGCAAUGUGCUAUAGUCAAGUUGACGUAUAGACCUUUAUGGUCUUAACUUUUAUAUUAGGUUUUAACAUUUAUAUUAGAUAUAGUAAUUCAUAUUUUAGUAUUUUUGUAAAUUUUAGUAUAUUUCCAUGUAAGCAUAUUGUAAUUUAUUUUCAAUGCGAUAAUAUGCAAAUAAACUAUUAAUAAUAAUAAUAAUAAUAAUAAUAAUAAUAAUAAUAAUAAUAAUAAUAAUAAUAAUAAUAAUAAUAAUAAUAAUAAUAAUAAUAAUAGACGGGGGGCUUAUAUUCGGGGGGGGGGGCUUCUAAUCGGAGGUUUACGGUAUUUGCAUCUUUUACCUUAUUUAGUUAUUUUUGGUUACAUUUUGAACAGUUUGUAAUUUUUGUAGCUCCAACGACCAACGCAAGUCUAGUGAACGCAGCAUUAUCUGAUCAUAAGACCUGGAAUUCAACAAAAGUUCCAGAGUGUGAGAAAGUUUGUAAUGCUGCGUAAGUUAUAUGAUAAUUUAUUUUAUGUCUUCUGUGAUCUAUUCCUCGCUCCUUCACUGAUCCUGCAUGCUGGGUCCGAUUGGAGGAUGGAUUCAGUCUAUACUGUACUAAAUUUCAAAUGUCAAAUCGAUGACCGAUUUUAUGGUUUUAGAAUCGGGUAGAUAAAUCUAUCAGGCCUUCGUACAGCCGCUUUCUGAUCGAUAGGUACAUUUGCUAUCUUUUACGUCAUUAUUAGGUCAAGCAAAGAAGAAUGUUCUGAGAUAUCUCAUUGUAGCUGGUGUGAAAAUAUCUUUGAUUCAUGCGAGAGUUUUUGUCCAUUUAAUCACAGGUAUCCAGAAUGUACAUAGUUUCCAACUUGUGUCCAUAAGCUACAAAUGUUUUUUAUUCGUUUGAGUAGAAGAAGUAGAUGCAAUUCUUUUCAUUGCUUGAAAACGUAAGAAAUCCUACGGUGUUAUAUUUUCAACUACAAAUUAUACUACGUGUUUCCAAUGCUAAAACAAAUUUCACGAGUAUUCCUAUCGUUUUAGGCUUAGUGGUCCUAUAUUAAACGAAUCUAUUGAGUGAUACUAAUACUUGUCCACAAUUUCAUGGGAGAGUUUAUCAGUUGUUGCGUCUCAGUGCGUAUUAUUCUUGCAUGCAUAUAUACUGAACACUUCUGCUAAGUACAUCUCGGUGUCAUUCCUCGUGUUGCUUCAAGUGUAAUUAUACUAAAUCGCGUUCUUUAAAUAUAGAUUUUCUGUCUUGUCUCCUGAUUUAUAAACAGGUUAACACUAAUAUGGUUAUUUCUGGUUUAUCCAGGAAAAUUUUAACCAGAGCAUUUUUAGAGUGUGACGUUCUAGUGACUCGAUAGGUCAAUGGGUGGAGGAGUAGUAGCCCACAAACCCGAAGUUCCGAUGAACUUCGAAUCACACUCGAGACAAGUGAUUUUUCGAAACAACUUUUAAGUUGUUUAAAAACUUUUAAGGUUUAAAAACCUUAAAAACCUGUAUGUUUAUAAAUGACUUUUUUCCCUUUUACAGCCAACGGAUUGGUCUAAAGUUUAAUCUUGAUCUGAAUACGUUAAUUCCCGUUUUAACUGACGUUAUAAAAAUAGAAAUAAAGAAAAAUUUACAGCAAACGAUGUACAACACUCUUGGAGAAAAGUUAGAAAAUAAUAUUCAUGGCAUAAAUUUCAAGCAGGUAAUUCUAAUAUAUAAGUAAUAGGUGCGAUUUCGUUGAGAAAGCAAAUGUAGUUGGCAUGCCGAAUGAGCUGAGUGCAUAAAACGUGCAUGCUUGGCAGGGUGUCGCGGAGAAGAGUGAUAGAUACAAACUUUAAGGUGCGUCAGUUCUACUUGUAAAUUCCAGUACGUGGAUGCAUUACUGUGAAAGUGAAAUCGAGACCACAUCAACAUUAUUACACUGGAAGGACUGGAAUAUCAGGAGAAUACCUGUAGUGUUUGUAAAUUGUAAUAAGCCUCUGCAUUUGGAACUGUCCCUUAUUUCCAGUACAAUAACCAUUCAUAGCAUAUUGCAUUAUUUGUAUCGUGGUUCACAGACAAUGCUUGUGAAUAUUUUUCUAGAAUUCCAUUACCACGACCAUUCAAGGAUCUAGCAUGGCUGAAAUUUACGGCAAACUUGACAAAAUCAACGAUGCAAUUGCAUCAAGAACAUUUUCCAUUGACAUCCCUGAAAAUGGGGGACGCAAGACAAUUAUUCCCAAACAGUUAUUUGUUUUAGGUAUUACUUGUUUUAAUAAUGUUAGUCUUUCAUCAUUCAAUUUACUUUGCACUUUACACCUUACACCUUGUACCUUACACCUUACACCUUACACUUUACACCUUACACCUUAGACCUUACACCUUACACCUUAUACUUUAUACCUUACACCUUACACCUAGCUUACACCUUAUACCUUAUACCUUAUGUACCUUACACUUUACACGUUACACAUUACACUUUACACCUUAUACUUUACGCUUUACGCUUUACACUUUACACUUUACACUUUACACUUUACACUUUACAUUUUACACUUUACACCUUACACUUUACACCCUCUGCUUUACACCUUACACUUUACACUUUAUACAUAACCUUAUACUUCACCUCCCUUCCCUUCAAUUCACUUCGUUUCACCUCCCUUCACUUAAUUUCUCUUCAUUUCACUUUACUUCCCUUUCUCUCUACUUCACGGCCCCUUACUUCACGUCAAUUUACUUCUUCUACUUCACUUCACUCCCCUUUACUCCCCUUAACUUCCAUUUUCUUUCCUGUCCUUCACUUUUCUGUCCUUCACUUUCCUGCCCUUCACUUUACUUCCCUUCACUUUACUUCAUUUCAGUUCCCUUCAUUUACUUCAUUUCACAUCAUUUCAACUUCAGUUAAUUUCACUUCAAUUCACUUGACUUCAGUUUACUUACCUUAUCUUACUUUACUAGAUGUAAAUGAAUGUUUGACCAACGUGAAUGAUUGUCACAUUAAUGCGACAUGUUUUGAUACUGAAGAUUACUAUAAUUGUUCAUGUAAGUCUGGUUUUUUUGGAAAUGGAAGAAACUGUAAAG